CAAAUACAAAUACAACAACGCCAACCCCACCAAAAACAAACACAUCUAAAAUAAAAACCAAAAGAACAGAAACAAAGAAUUGGAAGAAUGCCCUACCUCCAACCAGACCCAGACCCCGAAAUCACCAGCCAACCAAGCAACGCCUUUGAACAACUAGUCCAGGACCUAAGUGCAGCCCUGGGUCCGAGCUCGGGUCUGGACUCCGACGAUGUCGACCCGCUCAACAUCCAGCGUCUCAUGGACCAGUAUACCUCCAACCCGGAAGAAUGGCAGCCGUUCGCCCUGUCCGAUUUCAGCAAGUCCUACACGAGGAAUUUGAUCGACGAAGGCAACGACAAAAGCAAUCUGCUUAUCCUAGUAUGGAGUCCUGGGAAAGGAAGCGCUAUUCAUGAUCACGCGAAUGCGCAUUGUGUUAUGAAGGUCUUGAAAGGGUCUCUGCAGGAGACGCUGUACUCAUGGCCCGAUCAAAGUAAACUUGAGCAUGGACAGAUCUCUCCGCCGCAGACCAGGAGGGAAACUACGUACGGCGAGAACCAGGUUACGUAUAUGUCGGACAAGCUAGGUCUCCAUAAGAUAUCCAACCCCGAUCUGGACAACGUUGCUGUGUCCUUGCAUCUUUAUACGCCGCCUAAUGCUGCGACGUACGGCUUCAGUGUUUUCGAUGGGAGAACGGGGAAGGCGUUUCAUAUCAAACAGUCGAAUUUCUACUCUAUCCGAGGGAAGAAAUGUUUGGCUUUGCGGAAGUAGUAGUCUGCAGUAGCAUGAGGGUGUCCGCUUAUUAUUUCUAUUCUUAUUGUAUUAUAGCCCUGUGUAAUAGUCGGUUGGCAUUUUCUUCUUUCCGAUGUCUUAUGCUUGUACUUCUCAGGGUUCUGGUUGUAGGAUACGUGACUUAAUGAAUAAGGCCUUUAUUCAGACAUACAUAAUCAUGGCCGGCUGCAUAGUCGACUGCUACCAGCCAACAUAUUCUUGCUUACCCAAAAAUGGCA